AUGAGUAAUAGGAACAGUAGUGGCAGCAAAAAUGGUGAAAUGAUAAGCACAAAUGUCCAUAAAACAAUUGAUACUAAAAAAACUGUCAAGAAUAAAAAGACUAUUAUUCCCAAGAAUACAUUGUAUGUUCAUAAUUUGAAUUGGAAAAUUAACAAAGAGACUUUAAGAGAAAAUCUAUACUUGCUAUUUUCCACAUACGGUGAAGUCAUAGAGAUUUUUAUCAAUUUAAAAAUGAGAGAGCAGGCCUUUGUUGUGUUUAAAAACGUGGACGAAGCAAAUUUGGCUAAAUUGUCAUUAAAUCAAGAAUCUUUUUUCGACAAACCACUACAAAUAGAAUUCAGCAAUAAAGUGACCGAAUUGGAUUGA